AUGCGUUGCGCCGCACUGCACCGAAAGCUGGGCACGCAUAUCUCCAAGAUCAAAUCUUUAACCAUGGACACCUGGACAUCAGAGCAAGUUGAUAACAUGAAAUCGCACGGUAACCUCCUUAUGAACAAAAUGAACAACCCACGGGGUAUCAAGCCACCAAUUCCUACCGACAUUGACGAGGCCGAUGCGUGCAUGGAACGGUUUAUCCGGCAGAAAUACCAACACCGUUCGUUGGAAAAUGGGAAGCCAAAGCCCCCGAGCAGAGAGGAUUCGAGUUACUCCAACCCUAGGGCCCCGUCCCCCGUGGAGUCAAGAAAGAAUGACUAUAACAUAUCUCCCGAGGGUUCUCCUCCUCCACUUCCACCCAAGUCUGGAAGAUUUUUCAAGUUUGGGCUACGAUCGUCAUCCUCUACCUCGAACCUCCGCCGAUUUGGUGGUAAGCCCAAGGUGACUUCGCCAACCUCGGACGAUGGAGCCUGGUCACCACCACCAUUGCAGUCCAGAAAGACGACAGGACUUGGUGCGCCUGUGGCCGAUGUAACAACGGCAUCUUUUGAGUCCAAAAUGGCAGCAUUGCAACAGAUGGGAUUCACCAAUGACCGACGAAACGAGAUGGUUCUCAAGGGACUGCAUGAGGAUCUAGAUCGAGCGGUCGAAACACUGGUCAGGUUGGGUGAGGGGUCCAAUCCUGCAUCAAGAUCGAGGACCCCGGCCGGGACAAGCAGUGCUGCGUCUGAACGCGUAGUAAUGCCGAAGCCUGAGACCUCCAAAAACCCAUUCCCCAUCACAACAGACAACACAUUCCCAGAGGUUUCCAACAACCCAUUUGACCGAACAGCCUCAAAUCCUGUGGCCCCGUCGCAAACCCAGCAACCACAGACCUCUGCGUACAACCCAUUCGAUCAGAUGAACGCAAAGCCGACAUCUACACAGCCUUUAGAAUCGUCUUUCCAGGGCCUGCAGGUUUCCCAGCCCUUGUUCCCCCACUCCACUGGUGGAUACCCGAACCAGACAAGCUCCAUGCAGCACUCUCUACAUCAGCAGUCCUACACACCUCCCGUCACAGCGACAUUCGCGCAGUCUCCCUAUGUUACGUCGCCUCAGCCAAUGGACAACAGCUACAAUCCAUUCGACCAGGUACCACCGCAGCGGCAGGGUGGCUUGGCCAGUCAGACAUAUCCCAACCCUAAUGCCCCGCAAACGAACCCUUUCUUCAACACUGCGCCCCAAAACCAACCUAUGCAGCCGCAACAGCAGCAGAUGAACCCGCUUGUGACAAAACCAGGGGGCUUUGAACCCCCUCGUCAUGCAAAUACCAUGCCGGUCAUGUCCUCUGCCUCGCCAUUUGGACUAACUGCUUCUUCUCAAGUACAGCAGCAGCAGCAGCCGUCAAAUGGUCUGGGAGCUUACAACCCGUUCCAGCAAGGGCCGGCGCCGAACGCAGCACAGGACGCAGGCAGCUACUCUAACCAAUUCCAGUCUCACCUGCAACCACAACAGGCGCAGCAACUCAUGCCCCAACGAACUGGAAUGGACAAAAACAGCAUUCUUUCCUUGUACAACAUGGGUCCCGCCCAGUCUAAUAUGACACCCAUCGCCGAGCAACCUCAGCAACCUCAGCAACCUCAGCAAUCCCAGGCCCCACCUCCCUCAAUGAACCCCUACUCCCAGCCAUCGAACCCAUACACCUCCAUGCCUCAGACCCAGCAAGCCACAAGCUUCCAGAAUCAGCCCCAGCUCCAGCCCCAGCCCCAGCAAAAUAUCCAGUCCCAGCAACCUACCACCAACACCCAGCCCACCACAUCCAACAACCCCUUCUUCGGUACCGCCCCCACAGGCAGCGGAUCCGGCCUCGCCGCACAAGCAGGCAUCAACACAUAUCAGCAGCAAUCCUCAGGGCUAGGGAUUGGCGGCAUGAACGGCCAACCCGGGGCCGGAACUACUCCGUCCGCUGGAACGAACAACUCCCCAUUCUCGGGAAUGAGUAGUCCCCCCUUUGCAGGAGCGAACAGCUCCCCAUUUGCUGGAGGCAAGUCCCCUUUUUCAGGCCCACCGCCCACGAACUCGGCAUUCCCACGGACGCACAUGAGCCAGCCGAGCGUCGAUGUGAGUGGGCUGCAGAAUGGUCGCCAUAGCCCUGAUGCCUUUGCUAGUCUGAGUGCUCGCUAUGGUUGA